AUGGAGGACACGUGGACGGCGAGGGAGCGGGAGACGCAGCAGCGCAUCGCCGCCCUUGAGCAGCAGCUGCGCAGUGAGAAGGAGGGAUUCCUUGGCGAGCUGAGGGAGUGGAUGGUAGUGCUGGAGGACGCGCGCAAGAAACUUGCCACUGCCGAGUGCGAGCGCGACCGUGAGAAGAUGCUGCGAGGCAUGCUGUUGGAGCAGCAGUCUGACGAAGCGCGUCUGCAGGAGAAACUCAUGUUGGAGAAGCACAGCAGCACAACGCAAAAGCUUCGGGAGAGGAUUGAUACGCUUGAGCGGGCGUGUAGGCGCAGUGCGGCAGUUAUCGCAGAGCUCCGCGAGGCGCUGCACCGAGCCAAUAAGACAGCGACAGAAAAAGCGACAGCAGCGCCCGAGACGGAUGAUGCUUAG